AUGGAGCCAGACACGGAGCGAGCCGUGCCCACCUCGAAAGAGGGGCUCAAACAAAUCGCAGGGAAGGCCCUGGGGAAGCUGCACAGGAGGCUGGAGAAGCGGCAGCAGACAGGUGAGGCCAUCGAGCUGACGGAGGAUGGGAGACCCCGGGAGGACCAGGAGCGGAAGACGCCCCUGUGCGACUGCACGUGUUUCGGGCUGCCGCGCAGGUACAUCAUCGCCAUGCUGAGCGGCCUCGGCUUCUGCAUCUCCUUCGGCAUCCGGUGUAACCUGGGUGUGGCCAUCGUCAGCAUGGUCAACAACCACACCAUCCACGUGAACGGCGAGAUCAUCAUCAAAGAGAAAGCAUUAUUCAACUGGGGCCCAGAGACGGUGGGGAUGAUCCAUGGCUCCUUCUUCUGGGGCUACAUCGUCACUCAGAUUCCAGGAGGGUACAUCUCCUCUAGAUUGGCCGCAAACAGGGUUUUCGGGGCUGCCAUCGUGCUGACGUCCAUCCUGAACAUGUUCAUCCCCUCGGCCGCUCGCCGGCACUAUGGCUUGGUCAUCUUUGUGAGGAUAUUACAAGGGUUGGUGGAGGGAGUCACUUACCCAGCAUGCCACGGGAUCUGGAGCAAGUGGGCGCCACCUCUGGAAAGAAGUCGUCUGGCAACCAUUUCCUUCUGUGGAUCUUAUGCUGGCGCGGUGAUAGCGAUGCCUCUGGCUGGGAUCAUGGUCCAGUACACGGGAUGGUCCUCUGUCUUCUACGUGUACGGAUGCUUUGGGAUUAUUUGGUACAUGUUCUGGGUCUUGGUGUCCUAUGAGAGUCCAGCGGAGCACCCGACCAUCACCGUCGAGGAGCGGCAAUACAUCGAGGAGAGCAUCGGGGAAAGUGCCCAGCUGAUGGGCGCAAUGGAAAAAUAUAAGACCCCCUGGAGGAAGUUUUUCACCUCCAUGCCCGUCUAUGCAAUCAUCGUGGCCAACUUCUGCAGGAGCUGGACGUUCUAUCUGCUCCUCAUCAGCCAGCCUGCAUACUUUGAAGAGGUGUUUGGUUUUGAAAUCAGCAAGGUUGGAGUCGUGUCGGCUCUACCCCACCUGGUCAUGACCAUCAUCGUGCCCUUAGGUGGCCAGUUAGCCGACUAUCUGCGGACCCACAACAUCAUGUCCACCACCAUGGUCCGAAAAAUCAUGAACUGUGGAGGUUUCGGGAUGGAGGCCACUCUCUUAUUAGUGGUUGGUUAUUCUCACAGUAAGGGGAUGGCCAUCUCCUUCUUAGUUCUGGCCGUGGGUUUUAGUGGUUUUGCAAUAUCAGGUUUCAAUGUCAACCAUUUAGACAUCGCUCCACGCUAUGCCAGCAUCCUCAUGGGUAUAUCCAACGGUGUGGGAACCCUGUCUGGGAUGGUCUGCCCUCUAAUAGUUGGCGCAAUGACAAAGAACAAGACCCGGGAAGAGUGGCAAUAUGUCUUCCUCAUCGCUGCCAUGGUGCACUAUGGGGGCGUGGUGUUCUAUGGGAUCUUUGCAUCUGGGGAGAAACAGCCAUGGGCCGACCCCGAGGAAACCAGCGACGAGAAGUGCGGCUUCAUCGAGGAGGAUGAACUAGCGGAGGAGACGGGUGACAUCACGCAGAGUUACGGAGCAAUGGGUGCCCCGGCAAAAACCUACGGGGCCACUUCGCAGCAGAACGGAGGUUGGGUGCAGGACUGGGAUAAGACGGAGGAGUAUGUGCAGGAACCGGCGGGAAAGAUGUACGCCGAGCGCGGCUACUCUUAA